AUGCUUCAAACGCAGACCCAGCACGUUUUUUCUCAUCAGCAUCAGUACCCGCAGGCUGAUCCCUCGUGGCUGCAACAUCAGCAGCAGCAACACCACCAAGCCCACCCGCACCAGGCUCAGCAACAGCAGCAUUCUUUGGUCGCCCAACAGCAUGCCCAAGUUCAGGCGGCCGCUGCCGCCGCCGCCGCCGCUCAACAACAACAUUACACCCGUAUCGCUAUGGCAGGAAAUGCCGGUGCUGGUAACUCUUCCCAGGGAGCUGGUGCUGGAGGGUUAGGUGGGGAUGGUGCUUUGUCGGGUGCCGUGUCGGUGAUGGAUGGUGGGAUCAGCGAUGAGAACCGCAAGGUCUUCAUCUGGGUCGCAGAACUCCUGGAUCCGAGUCGCAGAGAGGCGGCUCUCAUGGAGCUCAGCAAGAAGAGAGAGCAGGUUCCGGAGCUCGCGCUGGUGAUUUGGCAUUCUUUCGGAGUCAUGACUGCACUUCUUCAAGAAAUCAUCUCUGUAUAUCCGCUGUUGAACCCUUCUCAGCUCACUGCCGCCGCCUCGAAUCGAGUUUGCAAUGCGCUGGCUUUGCUUCAGUGUGUGGCUUCCCACAACGAGACCCGCACUCUAUUUCUGAACGCGCACAUUCCCCUUUUUCUAUACCCAUUUCUCAACACGACGUCCAAGUCGCGCCCUUUCGAGUACCUUCGUCUCACCUCGCUCGGAGUGAUCGGAGCCUUGGUCAAGAAUGACUCGUCUGAUGUUAUCAACUUCCUUCUCACCACCGAAAUCAUCCCCCUCUGCCUUCGCAUCAUGGAGACAGGCUCCGAGCUGAGCAAGACGGUCGCAAUUUUCAUCGUGCAAAAAAUUCUCCUCGAUGAUAUCGGACUGGCGUACAUCUGCGCGACCUACGAGAGAUUCUACGCCGUGGGGACUGUCCUAAGUAAUAUGGUUACUCAACUUGUGGAGCAACAGACUGUUCGACUUCUCAAACAUGUCGUACGCUGUUUCCUUCGUUUGAGCGACAACAGCAGAGCGCGGGAAGCUCUGCGACAGUGUCUUCCCGAACCGUUGCGAGAUGCGACCUUCUCCUCCGUCCUCCGCGAUGACGCUGCCACCAAGCGUUGCCUGGCGCAGCUUCUCAUCAACCUCUCAGAUAAUGUCUCCGACGGCGCACCGGGUGUUGCCAUGUAA